CGGCACCAGCUGUGUGGAGAAAACGAGGGGCGGGAGGUUCUGCUACGUCCUUGCAGGUGGAGGCGGCCCCGGGGACGGCACCGCACAGGCACCUCUGGGCCAGGGCCAGCUCCUGCUGCCCGAGGUGCCGAGGGCCGCUCGCGGCGCGGAGCAGUGCGACCAGUCGCUCCCAUGGGCAGGGCGCCCCCCGCGGGCCGCGAUCGCUGCCAGCCCCGGGCACCGCGGGGAGGCCCAGCGGAGCCUGCAGAGCUCCGUGGGGCCCGGCCGCCAGCGACUGUGAGGCCAGGGCGGGCCGGGGCAUGGCGCGGCAGACGGACAGCACGGAGGCGGACGAGCUGGCCAACGCCGCCGCCCGCGGCGACCUGCAGCGCCUCAGGGAGCUGCUGGACGGCGCAGCGGACCCCAACGCCGUCAACUCCUACGGCCGGACUCCCAUCCAGGUGAUGAUGCUGGGCAGCACGCGGGUGGCCGAGCUGCUGCUGCAGCGCGGAGCGGACCCCAACCGCCCCGACCCGCGCACCGGCUGCUUCCCGGCGCACGACGCGGCCCGCGCCGGCUUCCUGGAGACGCUGGCGGCGCUGCACCGCGCCGGGGCGCGCCUCGACCUGCCCGACGGCCGCGGCCGCCUCCCCCUCGACGUGGCGGCGGGGGGCCCGCACGGAGUGGUGGGCCGCUACCUGCGCCACCCGCCGCCCCUCGCUUAGACUCUUGUGCGACCACUCCCCUAAUUUAUUGUCCGCGCUCGCUUCAGGAGACUCGAAGUCGAGCAGCAUUCACGCGUUGUAAGUAAUUCCCGAAUCGCGUCUCCCGACUCGGACGAACGAAAGACCAGAGGGAUACGUAUUGUUUUGUACGCUAUACUUUGCACGUGUCUGUAUGUUAUCCUACACUUGAAAUCUACACACCUCCACGCCGAGCGUUAUUCACGCGAGAGUCCAAAACACUGUGAAGAGUAAUAAAUAUGAAGGAAAACCCCUGCAGAGAGGUGGCACAAUAAACCCUUCGUGUUUUCACAGGA